CUUCUCAUUCUUUCAGCUGUCAUACAUUCUCACAUAAUGUCCUGCAAAGUAGUUCUCGCUCAGUCAAUCUCGGCUUCGUACAGAGAAGAACUCAAGAAUAUUAUCAAGAGCCGCAACAUCCGACCAAAACUUGUGGGAUUUCUGGCCAAUGAUGAUCCUGCUGCUGUAAUGUACGCUGAGUGGACUGCAAAGACUUGUGCCGAGACGGGCGUUGAAUUUGAACUGAGAAAAUGCUCCAGAAACGUUCUUGAAGAAAAAAUUAUUGAGGCUAAUCAGGAUGUCAAUGUCCACGGAAUCAUGGUUUAUUAUCCUGUUUUUGGCGAUCGUCAGGAUCAAUAUUUGCAAAAUGUUGUUGAUGUGAGUAAAGAUGUCGAAGGUCUCCAUCACAAAUACGUCUACAACAUGUAUCAUAACAUUCGUUUCUUAGACGAAGCCAAGACAAAGAAAUGUAUCAUUCCUUGCACGCCCUUGGGUUUGGUCAAAGUUAUGGAGUAUGUCGGAGUUUACAACGGAAUCCUUCCUUACGGUAAUCGCCUUCACGGAAGAAUCGUCACUGUUAUCAAUCGCUCUGAGAUUGUUGGCCGUCCCCUAGCGGCCUUGCUUGCCAACGACGGUGCCAAAGUCUAUUCCGUCGACAUCAAUGGCAUUCAGGAGUUCCAUCGUGGUGUUGGUCUUCAGCUGAAGAAACACGAGGUCAGUGAAACGACGUUGAAACUUGAGGACGUCCUCCCUCUUUCUGAUGUAGUCAUCACUGGUGUCCCUUCACCUGCAUACAAAGUUCCUUCACACUUGAUCCGUGAUGGUGCUGUUUGUAUCAACUUCUCUACCUUCAAGAAUUUUGACGGUGAUGAGAUCAAGAAAAAGGCUGCUAUUUACGUCCCAUCUGUGGGCAAGGUUACUGUAGCCAUGUUGGAACGUAACCUUGUCCGCCUUUACGACUAUCAAACCCAAAGCCAAGCCGCCAAUGCCUAAUUUCUUUACCCCUAGGCCGUAUCAUAUCAUUAUAUCAUAUCAUAUCAUGUCAUAUUAUCUGCAUGCACUAGAAUGU